GUCGAAUGCGCAGCGUUGGUGUUGUGUGGGUAUCCUUGGUCAUCAUGGACGUCUUUGACGACCACGAAGACGACGAGCUUCCUCUUCCACCGCUCAGAAGCCCAGAGGAAUGCGACGCGUAUAUGAAGUAUGAUCAGGCUCAGCGAAUACAACGCUGCACAGAAGGCACACACGUCAGUCUGUGUGUGUGGAUUCAAUGCGUUCAUUCGUGCAGGAAGACGUCCACGGGGCUGUUCAGCCUCACCUGGUUCGCAUCGCCUCUUUUUUUCUGGAAGCGCCCAGGUAAGCUGGAGGGGUAAUAUAUGAACACGAGAGGGUAUGGUGACACGCUCGAUGUCUCUUUCUCUCCACAGACACACUCAAGCGGGAGAGCGUUUUGGGUGAGAGAUACAAGAACAUACAUACAAACGAAUUACGUACUUGCACGCAACGCACCAUGUUUGGCCUUCGCCUGUCUCGUCCUGUCUGUCUGCAUCUGCAGGGGGCCAGCACGACAUUGCCAAUGCGCUCCCAGCAGCAAAAUCCGGCGUGCCACCAAGAUGGUCACAGACCGACGCCGACGUUCUCCUCAAAAACUCAAAGCUCAUCGAUGUCGCCACACUCAACAACUAUGCCGCCUGGCUUUUCAUGUAAGAAGAAAGAGAUACACCUGCUCGCCGCGCUAAGCUGCAUGUGGAACUGAUAUCUUUACAGGGUGGUUGUGGUCUUAAUCGGCUGUCUCAGAGCUUCGGCAGAGCAAUGGGUAGAGGCGGACACCCCCAUAUUGCUGCAUCUGCAUAUUCGACGGUCUCUUGGUGUACAUAUGUGUGCCUACGUGUGCAGAUGCAGGAAGUGCCUGGCUUUCUGGACGAGCGGGGUCUCCAGCGGUAUUCGAGCACGCAGGAGUACAUCGACGUGUCAAUCAGACGCGCCGAGGUCAAGCAGCAUGUGAACACCCCCUCCAUCAUCAUGGGCGCGGUCUGGCUGCUGCUGCCUUUCUCCGCGACCAUCAUCAUACUCAACCACUUAUUCGGAUACCGACGCACAAUCGACGUAAGCAAGCAAGCCGGUGAGUGACAUAUCCGCUGCUCUCCGUUGUUUGUUUGUUUGUUUGUUUGUCAAUCAGCAUUGGAACUUCAAGAGGUGGAAGGACAGGGCGCGCGAAGUGAAGAGGCAGCUGCGGCUGAACCCUCCACGCGUCCGCAGGGGCACAGUGAUGAUCAUGGAUAUGUCCCAGGGCAGUAUCAAGUUCGAUUGGAUGACUCAAUUCAACUUCUUUGUCCGUCGGAUUCGCCGCUGCCUCGAAGACAUGUCCUUCAGCUUCGGUAUCGCCGGCAGAUUCUUCUGGUGCCCAUACGUUUUUGUCGAGGUGAUGAGAAGAGGCGAAAGGACGUGACGGGUGACGAAUUGACGCGUCCGACUGUCAGGCUUUGACGAUGGCCUUCCAGUCGUUUCGGUGUCUGCGGCUGGCUGGCUAUGAUUUGGUUCAGUGGGACGAGGUGCCAGCGGAAUUCUUCUCGGUGCACUUUGCCCUGGCGGCGCUCAUCGCUUUGCAUUCUUCGGUGGUCAUUAUCAACUGCCUAGUUGGGCGGAGAGGGUCAGUCAAAAGCGACAAAUCAUAAAUGAAUGCAGUGCGUGCGCCUUUGCCUGUGCAUGCAUGUGCAGGCUGGCCAUCAUCCUGUCUCUGGUGCUUUCGCUCCUCUACACAGUGCACUCUGUCUUCCUGCGCACCGACCUCAUGUCGCACGACACUCCGUUGCUGGCCAUCCUGGCAGCAAUGCGCUCCAACCAAGAGCUCGACUUCUGUGCCGAGUACCUGCCGCUCAUGUCGGCGCUGUACUCUCUGCGGACAGUGGAUGCGCUGCUGCUGCUCAAGAGCUACAAGGACUGGACAAAGGCCAAGGCAGGGGGAAAGCUGGGUGGAAAGCACGGCGCGAUGACCAAGUCCCUCUCGAAGCUGGGUGACUCUGAGGAAAGCUCAGAGCCACAGGAGAGCCCCAAAGAGAGCCCGAAGGCUGACACGGGCUGCCGGCAAAAGUUCAGGAGGUCCUCAUCGACACUCUCACAGCUAGUCGACCCUCAGGUGAGAGUGAGUGAGGCACGAAUGGAUGAUCUAUGUGUCUCCGUCACUUUCCCACCUUUCAGCGCCUCAAAAAGCAAUGGACUGGCGUGUUCCAUAUAGAUGAAGUGCUGGAAGACGAAAUCCAGGAGCCGACGUCAUGGAGCUUGCGACGCGACAGCGGCCGCGCGUCCGUAGCCUCCAGCAGGAGGACCAGCGACGGCCUCAAAAGAAGAUUCGAAGUGCCAGUCACCAUCAGAGUACAUAUGCAAUGCAUUGCCGCCAGCAGAAGAAUCGUCGUUCAUGUUUGUCUCAUGCGCAGGCUCUGACUGGGCUGGAUGACCCCGGCCGAGAGCACGUCGAUGCCUCCCCAUUCUCCUCCCCGAUCACUGCAGCCCCCCCUACCCGAAACCUCUUUCCCCCCCAAGUGACUGUCCGUGGAGGCCAGUCCGUCCACCCCGGUCCCCUCACCCCCGUCCCAGAAGACAGCGCGACAAAGGGCGGAUUCCCCGCGGAAAGCAGGCGAAUAUCGUCAGCGUCGAGAACUUCCGUCUCGUCCCCGUCCGGGCCCGUGGCAGCCUUUGGCGCCGAGCAAUUGUGGGACAUCAGUCUGCGCACCAGCGAGGCCGAUUACGAGGCGGGCAGCAUCCCGGACGAGCUCUCGACUGACUCUCAGUACGCUUGCCGAUAUCUGUGUAUCCGUGGCGAAGAGACCGUAGGCCGGAUCUGUGUAUCCAUGACUGCAGAGGCACGUCCCCCUCAUCACAACGGGAUGCGUUGGAGGAGAUCGGCUCCCCCAGGCGGCGGAUAACGGCCGUCAGUAUCAUGACAGAGGAACAGGUCGCAUCAGAAGCGUCAUCAAUGGAUCAAGCCUCGUACAGGCGUCGGUCGGCGGAGUUUGAGCAGGAUGAACCGUCGGCGGCACCACAGACGGGGGAAGCCGAGAAAGUAGUGGAGGCCUCAGCGCGCAGAGCGUCGCGGCGUGUCUCGCUGCUAGCGGAAGCAGAGGACAGGGACCCAGAACCCAAAGACGCUGCGGCCGGGGAGUCGACCAGCAGGACGCUCGACACGCGCAAGACGUACAGGGAGAGCCAGCUGGGCGUCAUGGGCUUCAGCCUGUCGCGUGCGUCGUCUCUCAGCCACAGUAGCAGCGCCAGCGAAUGGCGCAGGACGGACCUGACGAUGGCACGGACGAUAUCGAUUGCCUGGGGAGUGAUGAUGUUCUUCUCGGCAGCCAUCCAACUCAUACAGCGCCUACGUGGCGAUUUCAUCUGCCCUCACCUCCCUGGAUGGCGGCUGUGUAUGCUCAAGGUGACUGACAAACGGACAGGGAGACAUCAGUGGUGAGGAGCUCCUCUCUCUGUGUCUGUCCAGGUGUAUCCUCCGUAUGGCCGCCGAAAUGGCAAGAGCAUUCAGGGCAUCUGGUCCCCAUGCAACUGCAGGUGAGCACCACACUGAGGACUAGGAUUUCUCCACUCUUCGUCCUCCAUGCGUGUAGAUAUAUCAACAUGGACACGAUGGAUAGCGAAGACGAUGUGAAGGCCUUCGAGUCGUCAGCAAGUGAUUUCUCCACUCUCCAGGUGCGCUCGCUCAGUCGAUUGUCAACUCUCGUCCGCUGCUGGAUUGAUCGACGGAUGGUUGGAUCGAUUUGUACAGGGGAUCGCCUUCCUGCCGUCGGGGCUGCAGCCAGAGGGGCUCCAGAUCGACCGUCUUGAGAUCUCACACCAGAGACACCUGGACUUCCUUCUCGUCGGAUUCGGUGAGACAGGCAGGCCGCAGGCAUGUUGUUGCGUCUUCGGUCAUGCUGACGGCUGGCUGUGCAUACAGGUCGCAUGACCGAACACGCAAUCCCACGGGACCUGAGCAAGCUGACUCGGCUGCAGUACAUCGAGUUCCCGGCAAAUGCCUUCGAGGAAUUCCCCGCCGGUCUCCUGAAAGCGUCAGAUCUGAAAGUUAUCGACUUCAGGCUCAACAGCAUUGCGACGAUCCCGACCAACAUCCACGACAAACUGCCGACGUUGACGUACCUGUAUCUGCCUGCCAACCCCGUGUGCUCGUCGAAUUUUCUGACGGACCCGUCGCACUCGCGGGACUUCCUUGACGCGAUGGAGCGCCUCGACCCGUGCUUGAGGCGGGGCGGCGACCACACGAGGGUUGGACACAGGUGUCUCGAUGAUUGCCUCACUGUCUACGCAAUCUGCACGAAGCUGGACACUAACAAUGACUGGAGGGUAAGCAAGAUCAUGUCAAAUCCGAGAAGUGGUGGGUGUAUCAAUCGGCUGUGUGUCUCAUCCAGUUCUGCUGGGAGGAGCUUCAGGCUGCGGGGCUCAGUAAGGACAGGCAGACAGAGCAUGGGAUGGAUCCCAAGGCCAGCACAUGCUGUGCAUGCAUUCAACACCUUUAAUCUCUCUCCCUGUGUGUGUGUGUGUGUGUGUGUGUGUGUACAUAUGUCAUUCAUGCAGUCACUUACGAGACGUACGUCGGCAUAUUGCGUGACUUCCAGCCGGGUUCGAUUCGCGAGGAGCCGGACGGCUCGGUGACGAUCUUUGAGUGCCCCUCCUGGCGCACACUGGCCAUCUACGCGACAAGCGGCGACAGCGACUGUUUCGACUGCGUCUCUCUGGGCCACAUCGACCCCCUCGCAUACGAUGCACCUAAUCAACUUCCCACGAGCCAAUGAUCGGACAUGAGGGGGAAGGGACAGCGUCAGGGCUCGCUUCUCUCUCUAGGCGGUGUGGUGGCAGCUUACGUAGUGGCAGAAGAUGGGACGGGACGUCGGAUGGUCAGCCUAUUGCUUAGUCUCAGUCAGUGUGUCUUGGGACGUGUGUGGAUCAGAGCAGAGGGCUUCCUUCAUGUAUGUGUAAUGACAUGACAUGUCAUGUGUGGCACUUACUCUCACACCUGAUUGUACACUAAUCGACGCUUGCAAAUCCACCCUAUGAAGUCCCGACUCUGCGCACACGGAUAGAAGAACCUACCGCUGCAGCACGUCUUUGUCUUCAUGCUGCCUGUCUGUGUGUGUGUGCCAGGGCACAUGUUCCUCGAUUG